AUGUCGCUGUUUACUCCAAUGAUAGUGUUACUGAGCCUCCUUAUCCGCUUUAUUUCUGCCUCAUAUGUCAACGUUGACGACGACGCAAUAAUUCACUUAACUCCUGGAAACGUAACAACGACCCGAAAGAUCGCUGUAAAUGGCUCACUCUUCUGUGGCUACCAUCGCGCUGAUCUCAAUGCAUCGUUCAAUCCCGACUACACUCUCGACGCAACUAAAGUGCCCAAAGAUGGUUCUUUUACGCUUAUCGGGGAACGAAACGCGACAAUUAGCGACGGCGAACUGUUUUCCCCGGCACUAAACGAGACUUACCGUCGAUUCAUUAUAAAAAUUCCAAGUAGAUAUAUCAACUCUAAUGAAACAUUCGACGCGGGAACAAUGAAUCUUGAACUUUAUUAUCCAGGUCAAACAGAAGGAAAUAUCUUUUAUCACAACAAGAAACCUUUACAAAUUACCGGUCGGUUGAGAUGCCAUGAAAUGAACCCUACCAGGAAAGUUCGCGUAUAUGGCUCGCCACGGAGAGACGCUGAGUCUCUUCUCUCCGAGCAAGUUUUGAGAAACGAUACGUUCACAAUGAAUGUAGUAUAUACAAGCACUUUGCAGCCAACGAGAGUAUAUCGUCAGAUCAAUGUUGCCGUACCAUUCUAUUAUUACAACGAAGGACGAGUCGGUUUGCAGCCGUUCAGUAUCGGUAGCUACAAUUUAGAGGUUGAAUACCCUGGCGAAACCAAACUGGUCCUCGACGACGACUAG